CCAGUUUUCCGAGUUUUGACGAUUUCCCGUAAUGCAUUUCGGCACCGAGAACAUGAAGCAAGAUGGCGACUAAAACAAGUAAAGAGAGCGCUCCUCCCUUUGAUUGUCCAUCGUGGGCAGGGAAGCCACCGGCGGGACUUCAUCUAGACGUGAUGAAGGGAGACAAACUAGUAGAGAAACUAAUUAUAGAUGAGAAGAAAUACUACCUGUUUGGGAGGAACCCCGACUGGUGUGACUUCACUAUUGACCACCAAUCCUGUUCACGUGUUCAUGCUGCAUUGGUCUACCACAAACAUCUAAAAAGGGUCUUCUUGAUAGACUUGAAUAGCACACAUGGUACAUUUCUUGGACAUAUCCGUUUAGAGGCUCACAAGCCACAGCAAGUUCCCAUAGACUCAACAAUUUCUUUUGGGGCCUCAACAAGAACUUACACCAUUAGAGAGAAGCCCCAAACCCAGGGGGCUCCAGGCACUGGGGAUCUCAAGGCAGGAGAUGAUGAGGAACUCAAAGGGCUUUUGGGACUGCCUGAGGAAGAGACUGAGCUGGAGAAUUUGACGGAGUUCAACACGGCACACAACAAGCGCAUUUCUUUACUGACCAUUGAAGAAGGCAACCUGGAGAUUCAGAGGCCCAAGAGGAAACGAAAAAGCUCUAGAGUCACAUUUUGUGAUGAGGAUUCUAUUAUUAACCCAGAGGAUAUUGAUCCGUCAGUUGGACGCUUCAGAAAUAUGGUACAGACAGCUGUGGUUCCAGUGAAGAAACGGAGAUCGGAAGGUCAGAACACUCUCGGCCUUGAUGACGUGACAUCCAAACGUAUGCAUGGCUACAGUUUUGCUGGUGGUCUUUAUGGGGACUUACCUCCCACCAGCCAUGAAAACCACCCAACUGGCGGUCCAGGAGGUGUAGCCAUGCAUGGAGGACUUCCCUUCCCCAACCCAGCGCCUGAAGUGAACCUAGCCCCAGAGCCUCCACAGCCCCCCGUCACACUCAACCCUACCCCCGUUACUGCCCCCUAUUUACCCGAGGCACACAACGAGCCCCGCAAAAAGAAGUAUGCCAAAGAAGCUUGGCCGGGCAAGAAACCCACUCCAUCACUACUUAUAUAAGGACGUGGACAGGGCUGCUGACUCUCAGGUUACCAGGAGGCGUACCAGGGACUAUGGCCUGGCACAUGAUCUGUUUGAAUUGUUUAGUUUGAUGGUUUUAAUACUCAUUGUUAUUACUAAAAUGCAAUUGAUUGGCAGAUAUUGUUUGGGGGGAAAAAAUAAGACAGCAGUUGCAAAGUCAUAUAAACUGGUAUGUUCUUGUGGCUGUUUAUGUAGUUAUUAUGAAUGAAAAGUGCUUUUAGUGGCACCCAAUUACAGACAACAAAAUGAGUCAGUGAGUUACAUUUAUGUGUCACGUGGUUUGUUUUUUCUACUGAACAUAUUUUGACCUUUCACUUCUUUUAAUGUUUUGAUAAUGCUACUAAAAUAGUAUUACAUACAUAUUUUUUUACAAACAUUACAUGAGUGAGCAGUGACAAAUAUUAAAAUCUUUUCCAAUUGUAAUGAUUAUUUCUAUUUCAACACCCCAUUGUUUCUAAGCUGUUUGAUGCAAGACUGAAAAGUAUUACUGAAAAGUACAUGGUCACUUCAACCAUUUCAACCUAAUACAGUUCAUUUUAAGAACCUUAAACAUCUGGUGUCCCCACAAGAGGGCAGCCUUUGCCUUUGUCAAUUUUUUCGUAGGUCUGAUUUGAUGCACCCAUAAAAAAUCUAUUUGUGACUGUUAGUUACUGAUACAAAUGUAAGACCACAAUUUGUGCACAAUAUUUAUUUCAAAUGAAAGACCUUUACUUUUAUUUGUUUGUCCAAGAAUAGCUGUAGAUUUCUUUAAUGUCAGAUUCAGUUGGACUUUUAAUACAAUAUUACUUUACCAUA